AUGAGCUAAGAGAAGUUCAAAUCAUAUAAGCUAAAUGUGUUUCUAUUAACGAAAAACAAAAUGAAAUCUGAAGAAAGGGUUAUUACAAACACAUCCACUAACUUUCAUGCACUCUCUCCCCAACAAUCUCCCAAGAUUAAUUCCAUUCUCAACCGAACUAAACUAUCACUGGAAAGAUCGCGAUCCUCACAUCGAAUGGAAAAGAUCAUAAUCUAAAACAAAAAGAAGGUUUCCAAGAAUGAAAUAUACAAUAUCAAUAAACCUAAAGAUUUCUUCAAUGACAGUCCUAAUUUAAUAGAAGAAAUGAAAUAAGAUAUCAAUUUGUAGUUUUUGAAAGAAUGCAAAUCCAAUAACGCAGGGGCUUGUCUUUAACUAUUGGAACCUACAAUUGUUCAUUAGGUCUGUAAGAUAAUAAGUAUGAUUUCUUAGUAAAUAUCUCGCCUUCAAUUCCCAUUAGAGCAGAUUUAAAGGCUAAUUUAAAUAUUUAAGAUGCCAAUUAAAAUACCGCUUUACAUAUUGCAGUGAAAAACGGGAACAUUUAAUUAGUCCAAGCUUUAAUUUACAAAUAAAUUAACCUAGAGAUUGAAAAUUCAGAAAAGAUGACUUCAUUAAUACUGGCUAGUUAUCAGUAUAUUAUUUUAUUAUUUUCCAAGUGGAAACGAAGAAAUAUUCCAAAUUCUCAUUAAUGCAGGAGCCUAAGUUAAUCAUUAAGACAUGUAUGGAAACACAUGUCUCCAUUAUGCUUGUAAAUUCAAUCGCAAAGUAAUUGUGACACUUAUCCUUUAACAUCCAAAUCUCAUUUUUAAGUCAAACAACGACCAGAAAUAUCCCGACUAUUACGUUCAUGAUUCUGAAAUAAUUCAAUUAUUCACUCAAUUUUAAUUGGAACACUCUAAAUAAAGUAAUCUUAUUCGAAAUUAACGUAGAAAAAAAAACCAAAGAAGUUUAAAUACAAAAUAUAUAAAUGGAAUAUUAUUGUAAAUCAAGUAAUUUUUCCAAAAAUUAAUGUAAAUUACAAAAUUCGCCUCUUCAAAAUUUAUCGCUUGAAACUAAACAGGGAAUGCUUAAACAUAUCAGAAGUUACAACUAAUUUAAAAAAGGAAAGACCAAUACUCCUUCCACUAUUGAUUCGAUGAAGCAAUCCAAAAGAGAAGAAAAAGUUGGUCCCUCUCAAUUCAAAGUAUUAGGUUUAUUAGGCAAAGGAAGUUUCGGAUAAGUUUACCUUGUACAAAAGAACAAAAAGCUAUACGCUAUGAAAGUACUACUUAAGAAUAUGAUCUUAAGUAAUAAUUACAUAUAUUUUUUUAAGAACAAAACAUUUGUAGAUAUGCAAUAACCGAAAGAAAUGUGUUAUCAGUAACAUCUCACCCAUUCAUAGUUAAAUUGAGGUAUGCUUUUCAGACAGAGGAUAAAUUAUUUAUGAUUCUGGAUUAUUGUCCUGGAGGAGAUCUGGGAAUGCUGCUAUGCAAAAUAAAGAGAUUCCCUGAGGAACUUGUAAAACUAUACACUUGUGAGAUUAUUUUGGCUUUGGAGGAUCUUCAUAAAAGAGACAUAAUAUUUCGUGAUUUAAAACCUGACAAUAUCUUACUUGAUGCUGAUGGACAUGUCUUAUUAACAGACUUCGGAUUGUCUAAGGAGGGAAUACCUCAAUCAAGUAAAGGAGCGCAAUCUUUUUGCGGUUCUGUGGCUUAUUUGGCUCCGGAAAUGCUAAAGAGGUAGGGUCAUGGAAAAGCGGUAGAUUGGUAUUUAUUAGGAGUAGUGAUGUAUGAACUGUUGGUAGGGUUGCCUCCUUAUUAUGAUAAUGAUAGAGAUACAUUAUUCUACAAUAUAGAAAACGCAAGUCUGAAAAUCCCUUAGCACAUUUCAAUUGAGUGUAGAACUCUAUUAAAAUCAGUAAGACUUAUUGUGAAUUUUAGUUGCUGGAGAGAAAUCCAACUAAACGAUUGGGGUCAGGGCAAGGAGAUUCUUUGGAAAUCAAGGGACAUCCCUAUUUCGCAGAUGUUGAUUGGGAACUGGUUCUGAAUAGAGAACUCUCGAUGCCUAAGCCUGAUUAUAGUCUGAAGAUUAAGCCAAUGGGGGAAGAGAAUGUUUUCGAUUUGCAGAGCUUUGUAGAAUUUGAGUAAUCUCAUGUUAAUGGUUGGUCAUAUGUUCAAAGAGAAUGA